CCCCCCCCCCCCCCCCCCCCACCCCCAAAACCCUUCAUUUAUUGUCUCAAACACCAAAGCAACUAUGUGUUCCUUCAAAAAAUGGUUCAACUUGUACAUCAUUUUCCAUGUCUUGGCUUCAACUCCAAUAUUCUCAUUAUCAGAUCAUUCCUCAAACCAACUCUCCACAAACUUUCUAGAAAUUGCCAAGAAGCCCGAUGUAUUUGAUUGGAUGGUGAAAAUCAGAAGGAAGAUUCAUGAGAAUCCAGAGUUGCGUUAUGAGGAAUUUGAGACCAGUAAACUCAUUAGAGAGGAAUUAGAUAAACUGGGUAUACCAUAUAAACACCCAGUUGCUGUCACUGGUGUUAUUGGCUUCAUAGGGACAGGAGGGUCACCUUUUGUUGCAGUAAGAGCUGAUAUGGAUGCACUUCCCAUCCAGGAAAUGGUGGAGUGGGAGCACAAGAGUAAAGUACCUGGAAAGAUGCAUGGGUGUGGUCAUGAUGCUCAUCUCACUAUGCUUCUUGGAGCUGCAAAGAUUCUCAAACAAUAUGAAAAAGAGAUACAGGGAACUGUUGUUCUUGUUUUCCAACCAGCAGAGGAAGGAGGUGCAGGGGCUAAGAAAAUUAUAGAUUCUGGAGCCUUAGAUAAUGUUACUGCUAUCUUUGGAUUACAUGUGGUGCCUGAGCUUCGAGUAGGUGAAGUGGCUUCUAGGUCUGGUCCAGUACUGGCAGGAAGUGGCAUCUUUGAAGCAAAAAUAAGUGGAAAGGGAGGUCAUGCAGCCAUUCCCCAACAUUCUAUAGACCCUCUAUUGGCAGCUUCUAAUGUCAUCAUUAGCUUACAACACCUUGUUUCUCGCGAGGCUGAUCCUCUGGAACCACAGGUUGUGACAGUUUCAAAGUUCCAAGGAGGUGCUGCAUUCAAUGUUAUUCCAGAUUAUGUCACAAUUGGUGGCACCUUCCGAGCUUUUUCUGGAGAAACAUUGCAGCACCUUAAACAGCGCAUUGAGCAGGUCAUCAUUGGUCAAGCUGCUGUGCAGAGGUGUAAUGCAAGUGUCAACUUCUUUGAUGAAGAGAAACCUUUAUAUCCUCCAACUGUAAAUCAUGGUGAAUUGCACAAGCUUUUUCUUGAUGUAGCUGGCAAUUUGAUUGGCAUCAAUAAUGUUAUCAUUGACGAGUCACCAAGCAUGGGCUCUGAAGACUUUGCAUUCUAUCAAGAGGUCAUACCUGGCUACUAUUUCAUGCUUGGAGUGAAGAGUUCACCUGAACCGAAUCAGUCAUUGCACUCACCCUAUCUCAAAAUCAAUGAAAAUGGGCUUCCCUAUGGGGCUUCACUUCAUGCAUCAUUAGCUGCUAAUUAUCUUAUAAAAUAUCAGCACGACGUAGCCAAGGUAGCGGGGAAAUAUCAUGAUAAAUUGUAAGUUCUAAUAAAGCAUGUAGUCUCUUAUUUUUUGUAACAAUGACCAGAUACGUGGCUAUAUAUAUUUUGCAUUUUUACUUAUCUCAGGGUUUUGAUUUGUAAGUGCUGAACCCAUGUUGAUCCAGUUGAGAAUAUUUUAGAGGAGGUCAAGCUUAAGUUGUUUUGACUGAGGACGAUCUAAAGAUGUUAAAAUACUUCAGCCAAGGUUGAGGCUAAUGAUUUUUUGGUUGAGACUUA